AGAUAUAGAUAAUAUUAUAAUAAAUGUGUUCAGAUAUUUUUGACGCAUCUGUUUAGCCAUUCUUAUCAUGUUAUAGCAUAUUUCACGUUAAAAACCUGUAAGAUAUUGAACAUAUCAUGUUUAGAAAUUACGUACAUAAAUCAGUUUGCAUAUUUCAAGUAUAAAUGUUCAAUGAUGUUGCAAAAGCCUCAUAACUAUUUAUUCGUGCUUUCAACAGACUAACCUUCAUUUUUCAGUGUAUUUUCUAACGAAACAAAUUAAACAAACAAACAAUGGAAAAGGAAAUGUUAUGCAGAUUUUGGAUAUUGUUUAUUACGCCCUUAUUAUACCACCAGUGUGAUACAGCUACGGACGUCAAAUACACCGCUGCAGAAGAAAUUGACGGAGAGUAUUUGCUCAAGAUGGGUAAAAAAUUUAAUAAACCAACAUUGACUUUAAUAGGUAUGGCAAUAAGAAAUCUACAACCUUGCGGAGAAUGGACGACAUGGACAGCGUGCACGGCAAGUAGACUUAAUCAUUUCGGGAUCAGAAGACGCACAAGGGAGUGUGGUGUUAAUAUGAAGAUAAAUGGAGAAAGUAAAAGUAAGACGGAGAAGGAUUUCAGUAUUUGUGAAGGUUUUUGCCGUGCAGAUUAUGUUCUGAGUACAAAUGGAUUCUGCAUUAAAAUAUACACUUUGACUAAAAAUCAAGUAGACGCCGACAAGCAGUGCCAGGCAGAUGGUGGAAAUCUGGUACAUAUUGAUACAGAUAUGAAAUAUGGGGAUGUGAAAAAUCUAACGGGACUACCUUCUACAUAUAUCUACAUUGGUGGACGUCGAAAAGACACAAAUUCUCCGUGGGUGUUUGCGAAGGGUUCGCAAAAUGGAUUCUAUAGAUGGGCAUCUGGACAGCCGGACAAUGGAUCAGAUCAACUAUGUUUGAUUUUGAAAGGAAGUGAUAAACUCAUGCACGAUGCAUCCGGUUCGCCGUCGAGGCAUUUCCUUUGUGAAUUAAAUAUGUGAAGGUGUUUGCAUAAAAAUACUAUUAGAAUAAAAGUAGUUUAACACUCGAUGAACCUUGAAUUCGUAUAUAAUAUAGUUCUUUGCAAUGUAUGGCGUAAAUAGUUAGGACAAAUAUUCUAGUGUUGAAGAAAGUUUCUCUUUCAAGUUUAUAAACAAGGAAAUGAGGAAAAUGCAAUUUUAAAGAAGUGUUUGCUAUAAAAAAUAUUAACACAGGCAUAUUGUUGUUGCGUCAUGUGCUAUUUUAUGACAAUGAUUUACAACCCAUGACGUGUGAUUAACACGUCACAGAUCAGCUGCUAUGCUAAAUUAAGUGACAAAAUAUUUUCAGUAUAAACUAACAUUAUCAACAUUUUAUGUACAUGUGUUUGCACUAAAAUAACUUAGAGCAGCCUUAUAUACUUAAAUUGAAAGAUAUAGCUGAAAUUUUUGUUUUAGGGGAUGGUUCGAUCACAUCUUAAGUCUGUAAAUUUAACAAAACACGCAAAACACUUUUCAAGAGAAGUUAUCAACAUUAGUUCCAUGAGUUUCCUUUGAUAUUUUAACAAUUUUUCGAAACAUACAUCCGCAUGUUGCAUUAGAAUGCCGAACGUGUAUAAUCAAAUGUGCUUAAUGAUAAUACAAUCUUUAUUUUUAAGCUUUAGGGAUGGUUCAGUUCUAAUGUCUGUAAACUUCACGUAUCAUACAAAACACUAUUCAGGAGAAUGUUAAUGAAUUCCCUUGAUAUUUUGAAAAUCUUUUGAUAUAUGCAAUAUAUAUAUGAUAUA